AUCUUUCCUCUGAGCUCUGCUGCCUCCUCUCCGGGCAGUGCCCUUGAACCUCUCACGUCCUACGAGAGCAUCCACGCUCCAUAGACACCCCUCACCCAGCGCAGGAUGGACCCCCUGCCUCUGAUCCUCUACCUGUGCGCAGUGCUGGCACCGAGCCAUGGAUUCAGCGUGGACGUGGAAGGACCCAUCACCUUCCAGGAGGAAGUUGAGGGCUUUGGGCAGAGCUUGUUGCAGUUCGGGAAUGCCAGAGUCGGAGGGCUGAUCGUCGGGGCCUCACUGCAGACAGGAAACGUGAAUGAAACCGGCAAAGUCUACAAGUGCGACCCGGGCUCCAGACGCUGCCAGGAGAUCUCCACCCAGAGGCCCCUUGAUGCCAUGUACAUGUCCCUCAGUUUGUCUCUGGCUGCCCAAGGCUCCCAGUUCCUGGUGUGCGGCCCCAUGGUGCACCGGGCCUGUGGGGAGAACAUGUACGUCAGUCACUACUGCUUCCCUCUGCAGCAGAGCUUCUCGCAACUCCAGCCCAUCCUGGACACCCAGCUGGAGUGCCCCAAACAAGUCACAGACAUAGCGCUCCUCGUCGACGGCUCGGGCAGCAUCGCACCUGUGGACUUUGGAAAGAUGAAGACGUUUCUCGCUGAAAUCAUGAAGCAUUUCGACAGCACUGACACGCAGUUCGCCCUCAUGCAGUACUCCAAUAAAUUUGAAUUGCACUUCGACUUCAUGGAGUACAGGAAGAGUCGUGACCCUAAUCACCUUCUCCAGGGGGUUGAGCAGCUUCAUGGAACGACGUACACGGCCACAGCCAUCCGGAAAGUGGUGCGGGAGCUGUUCACCUCUGGGAGAGGCGCUCGGGAUGAAGCCACCAAGGUUCUCAUUGUGAUCACAGAUGGGGAGAAAUACAAUGACCCACUUUCUUAUUCAGAUGCCAUACCUGAGGCUGAGAGAGCUGGGAUCAUCCGCUACGCCAUCGGGGUCGGCCAGGCCUUCUCCAGCGCUGCUGCCCAACGGGAGCUCCAGGAGAUCGCCUCUGAGCCCAGGAACGAGCACGUCUUCCGGGUGGACAAUUUCGACGCCCUCCAGGGCAUCCAGAGCCAGCUGCAGGAGAAGAUCUUCACCUUCAAAGGGCCCCCCGAUGCCAUGAAUAUGUCCCUUGGUUUGUCUCUGGCUGCUCAAGACUCCGAGUUCCAGCAGAGCUUCUCGCAACUCCAGCACAUCCUGGACACCCAGCCAGAGUGCCCCAAACAUGUCGCAGACAUAGCGCUCCUCAUCGACGGCUCGGGCAGCAUCGCACCUGUGGACUUUGGAAAGAUGAAGACGUUUCUCUCUGAGAUCAUGAAGCAUUUCCGCAACACCAACACGCAGUUCGCCCUCAUGCAGUACUCGCACAGAUUUAGAGAGCACUUCAACUUCUUACAGUACAGGACGAGUCGCGACCCCGAUCGCCUCCUCAGUUCAGUCGUGCAGCUCACGGGAGCGACGCACACGGCCACAGCCAUCCGGAAAGUGGUGCAGGAGCUGUUCACCUCUUGGAAAGGAGCUCGGGAUGAGGCCACCAAGGUUCUCAUUGUGAUCACAGAUGGGGAGAAAACUGGAGACCCACUUUCUUAUUCGGACGUCAUACCUGAGGCAGAGAGAGCUGGAAUCAUCCGCUACGCCAUCGGGGUCGGCGAUGCCUUCUCCAGCGCUGCUGCCCAACGGGAGCUCCAGGAGAUCGCCUCUAAGCUCAGCAAUGAGCACGUCUUCCGGGUGGACAAUUUCGACGCCCUCCAGGGCAUCCAGAGCCAGCUGCAGGAGAAGAUCUUCACAUUCAAAGGGCCUCCUGAUGCCAUGGACAUGUCCCUCCAUUUGUCUGUGGCUGCUCGUGGCUCCGAGUUCCUGCAGAGCUUCUGGCAACUCCAGCGCAUCCUGGACACCCAGCCAGAGUGCCCCAAACAUGUCACAGACAUAGCGCUCCUCAUCGACGGCUCGGGCAGCAUCGCACGUGAGGACUUUGAAAAAAUGAAAACGUUUCUCUCUGAGAUCAUGAAGCGUUUCCGCAGCACCGACACGCAGUUUGCCCUCAUGCAGUACUCGCACAGAUUUAGAGAGCACUUCGACUUCUUACAGUACAGGAGGAGUCGUGACCCCGAUCGCCUCCUCAGGUCGGUCGUACAGCUCACGGGAGCGACGCACACGGCCACAGCCAUCCGGAAAGUGGUGCGGGAGCUGUUCACCUCUGGGAAAGGAGCUCGGGAUGAGGCCACCAAGGUUCUCAUUGUGAUCACAGAUGGGGAGAAAACUGGAGACCCACUUUCUUAUUCAGACGCCGUCCCCGAGGCUGAGAGAGCUGGAAUCAUCCGCUAUGCCAUCGGGGUCGGCCAGGUCUUCUCCAGCGCUGCUGCCCAACAGGAGCUCCAGGAGAUCGCCUCUCAGCCCAGCAAUGAGCACGUCUUCCGGGUGGACAAUUUCGACGCCCUCCAGGGCAUCCAGAGCCAGCUGCAGGAGAAGUUCUUCGCCUUCAAAGGUUAUUCAUCUCAGGUCAUCACAGCCAACGGGCAGACCACCUACAUGGUCGGGGUCCCUCUAUGCCAAGACACCGGCAAAGUCCUCCUGUUCAGCAGAGAUACCAAGGGUGGGGAAUGGACACCCGGAUCGGAGCUGUUGGGAGAGCAGAACGGCUCGUAUUUCGGGAGUACACUGUGUGCUGUGGACCUUGACAGAGAUGGGAACACAGACCUGGUUCUAAUCGGAGCCCCUUUGUACCAUACACCUCUGAAUGGAGGACGCGUCUAUAUCUGCCCAAUUAACUUGCCGGGGACGACGAUGAUCUGCACCAAGACACUACAUGGACAGACGGGGGAAGUGUCUGGGCGCUUCGGGGCCAGCAUGUCUGAAAUCGGGGACAUCAGCGGGGACGGACAGAUGGAUGUGGCCAUCGGGGCUCCCAUGGAGGAUGACAAUCAUGGAGCCUUGUACAUCUUCCAUGGGGAAAAGGGAGGAGUCAGUCCGCAGUACAAACAGCGCAUAGUGGGGUCACAGUUUCCCAGCAGGCUGCACUACUUUGGCCGGGCCGUCAGUGGCGGGACAGAUCUGACGGGGGACGGACUGCCGGACAUCGCGGUGGGGGCACAAGGGCAGGUCCUGCUGCUGAGGUCCCGGCCGGUGCUCAGAGUCGGGGUCUCUAUCAGCUUCCAGCCCCCCACGAUCCCCACCUCGGCCUUCGACUGCCAGGGGCAGGAGCAGCUCAACACAGAGGCCAGCAGGGCAGAGGUCUGCUUCACCGUCACUAAGAGCACCAUGGACAGCCUAGGUGACAGGAUCUACAGCACCAUCCAGUACAGCCUGGCCCUGGACCCCGGGCGGACGAAGAUCCGAGUCGCCUUCGACGCCACCGGCCCCGUCCUGAGCAGGGAGCUGCGGCUCGGCAUCGAGAAGAAAUGUGAGACGUACCGGAUAAUGUUACCUCUCUGUCCCGAAGACAUUCUGACCCCCAUCACCCUACGCUUCAACUACACCCUGACGGGGGAGCCCAUCACUGCCGCCGGUGGCCUCAGACCCAUCCUGAGCGAGGACUCUGCGCUGGUGUCUGCAGGCUCGCUCCCGUUUCAGAAAGACUGCGGCGCGGAUGGCCGCUGCGAUGACCAGUUAGCAGUCUCCUUCAAUUUCUCUGGCUUGAGCACCCUGGUGGUGGGGGUCACCCCCGAACUCAACACCACCGUCUCCAUCCAGAAUCAUGGGGAGAAUUCCUACAACACCAGGGUGCGGUUCUUCUACCCGGCCGCGCUGUCCUACCGCCGGGUCCUGCUGCUCCAGUCUAACAGGAGGGCCAUGACCAUUAAGUGCAGCUCAGCAGAGGGCUCAGAGGAACAAUCUCAAAGGAACAGCAUCUGCCAAAUCAACCACCCCAUCUUCUGGAGCGGAGCCGAGGUCAUCUUUGUUGCCACUUUCUAUGUCUCCUCUGAGGCUGACCUGGGGGACAGGCUGCAGAUCACAGCCACUGCCAGCAGUGACAAUGGCGGCCCCAUCACUGAGCGCAUGAUUCUCCGGACAGAGCUGCCGGUCAAGUACGGCAUCUUCAUCAUCCUCACCAGCCUUGAGGAGUCAACCAAGUACGUCAACUUCUCCACCAAGGAGGCAGGGACAAGCGUGCCAGUGACACAUGGGUACGAGGUCAAGAAUCUGCAGCAGCGAAGCGUUCCCAUCUCAGUCACGUUCCAGUUCCCCGUGGAGCUGAGCGGGGUCCGGGUGUGGGACGCCUCUGAGGUUGUCCCCUCCAAGCCCCAACUGGCUCAGUGCGCCAGUGAGGCUGAAACGCCCGGUUCAAAGGACUUUGUGAAGCAAAUGAGCGAGCGCCCCCUGCUGGACUGCUCCGUGGCCACCUGUAAGAAGAUCCGGUGCAGAAUCACCUCCCUGGAAAUGCAGCAACCGCUGGAGUUUAUGAUCAAAGGGAACGUCAGCUUCCAGUGGGUCUCCCAGACUCAGCAGCAGAAAGUGAGUCUGGUGAGCGAGGCCCGGAUUGAAUACGAGGAGAAGAAAUACACCCAGAAGGAGGGAUUCAUCCAGCGCCAGAUGCAGACCAUGGUGGAGAGCUACAAGGUCUAUAAUUACCUGCCCAUCAUCGUGGGCAGCAGCGUGGGGGGCCUGGUCCUGCUGGCUCUCAUCACCGCAGCCCUCUACAAGCCUUGCGCACGCAGAACUUGGCAACCAGGUGUGGUCUCGAGAAAGGAAUGUGCCUCCCUGAAUUUGCAUUUAAUCUGAAAACCGUCAUCGAUCAGGGAGGGAAACAAAGGAAGCUCAAUCAUGUGAGGAAAAGCCAGCUGUGAACGUCCUUCCACAUAAACUCUGUGUGUCCUAGUGCCCAGCUGGAAAUGUUUUUCAAGAGUGAGACUGAAACUAUAAAAAGGAGGAACAACCCCUCCUUCCCUGCCCAUGGCAUUCACUGCACCUGAAGAGAGACAGGAAGUAUUCACUGGAUGCCGAGGAAGAGGGCCUGACAUACACAGUUUGAUCUGGAAGGAAGCUGAAAGCAGGUGGUGAGAAACUUUGCUUGAAUAGGAUAUAAUUUAAGUUAGGCACCAGUAAAUGUUUCAUCUUUAUUUUCUUUGUAAGCGUUUCUGACUUUUAUUCCUCAUGAGUUGGAUUCACUUCAAAUCUCUCUCUUUGUAGUUAAU